AUGCAAGAUGGUAAAGUGGUGGCUUAUGCGUCUCGACAGCUUAAGAUAAAUGAGGGAAACUAUCCGACGCAUGGUAUCGAGUUGGCUGAGGUGGUCUUUGUGUUCAAAAUUUGGAGGCAUUAUUUGUAUAGUGAAAGGUGUAUUAUUUACAAUAAUCAUAAGAGCCUCGAGUACCUCCUCACUCAGAAGGAGUUAAAUCAUAGGCAGAGUCGAUGGAUUGAGUUGCUUAAGGAUUAUGACUGGACAAAAGAGUACCAUCCUAGUAAGGUUAAUGUGGUAUCCGAUGCUCUCAGUCGUAGAGUGAUGACUGAUCUGAAGGCAAUGUUCGCUCGUCUUAGUAUGUUCGAUGAUGGGAGUUUGUUAGCUGAGUUCCAGGUUAAGCCGACUUGGAUUGAUCAUAUUCAUGUUAAACAGAUAAGGGAUGAGUUUCUAGGUUUGUGGUUUCGUCAGGUUGAGAGUGGCAACACUUCAGAUUUUUGGUUGAAUAGUGAUGGAGUUUUGUGUUUCUGA